AUGGCGGCGAAGAGCAGCAGUGACUCGUUAAACGGUGUGUGCCCGUCCGAAAAUGAACCCACCGUCCUCCUAACAGGGUUCGGUCUGUUCCGCGACUAUGGUCACAAUUCGAGCAGUGAAGUGGUCAAGGUCCUCGCUAAGACUGGUAUCCCUGGAACGAGGCUGGUGACGAAGGAAGUUCCAGUGGAGUACGACACUGUUUCAAGCGUCGUGCCUCGGUUGUGGGAAGAGUUCAAGCCUGAUCUUGUCGUGCACUGUGGCAUGAAUGCCACUGCGCGAAACUUAUUUCUGGAGAAUCAAGCUCAUAAUGGCAGCUACUGUGCCGCCGACAACAAGGGUGCCAUACCAAAGCAGGGCCUCUGCUGCGGGGUAUCUCCUCAAAAUGAACGUCUGAGUACCUGCUUUGAUCUUGCUGCACUCACUGAAAAGCUUAAGGCAGCUGGCUGCCCAGUUCCUGUUGAGACGUCGAAUGAUGCUGGCAGGUACCUGUGCGAGUUCAUCUACUUCACCUCGCUCAGGAUCAGUCCUUCGACUGUCUUCAUCCAUGUGCCGCCUAUAGAUGAGCCUUACAGUGUUCAACAGCUUGCCUGCACUGUCAGCUCGAUCAUAUUGCAGCUCCUCGAGCAGAAAAAAAGUAUGGACAAGUCUACUGCCUUUGGUGCAAAGCUUGAGAAAAAUCAAAGUCAGGAGAAACAGGUUAUUGCAACAAGGAGCAGUGAAAGCAACUGUUCAUUGUAAUGAUACAUAUUAUGCGUGUGCAAAUUUCCUACUGUAUGGUCGCAGUUAACUGCUUGGGCAUGCCUCUACAAAGUUGUCAUGGUAUGAACCUGGAACCAUGUUGAAUGGGCACACUUUAUUAUGGAAAGCUUGCCUCAUUCUUACAUUAGUGCUUGUUCUGUUAUGAUUUUGUGCUUUCUGGCGCUAGAAGUCUUCGCCGAACAAAGAACACACUGAUGUACAACUUUUUAAUAUCCGUCAGGUACAAAUCCUACUCCUGUUCUUUAAUUUUAUUUUAUUUGCAUUGAAGCUCAGUAUUGCUUGCCUUUUAUAUUCUGUGUGAUGGAAGGUUUUAUUCAUGGCUCAUUGCAGUUAAAGUGACAAUGACAUUAAGAAAUCCGUUCACUUUUUGUGCAAUGUUUAUUGAAGGUUUGCUGAAUACAGCAAUCGCAGGCCACCUAACCAUCUGCUUUUUGCAACUCGGCACCUGAAUUAACUGCUAAGCUUUAUUAAGCGAUGAAACAGUCACCAUUGACUGGUCUUUUUUGUUAACAGGCAUUUCACAUUUUUUACGUUCCUAGCAGUUUGUGGUAAUGCGACACAAAGCAAUCUUUUCCUUUUUUUGCUCACAUUAGUGCUUAAGUAUGUUCUUCCACAUGCUCGUUCGGUGCUGUUCAGAUCUCUCAAGUCAGCGUCAUAAAAAGUUUGCCGGUUCAACUCUCACUCCAGUUCUAAGCCUUUGCUGCUUUGUUGGGUCAGGCCACAAGUCCAGCUCAAAGUAAAUAGUCGGCCAGCGUCUCACAAUGCCGUGAGCACCGAGUUUCAGCUCUGCUUGUGUUUUAUACCAGGAAAAAAAAAAGCUGGGCACUUGUAUAUGUUAAGGCUUGCGUGAAUGUUGGGGCUACAAUGCCAUGCUAUGUGUUGUUGUUAGUACUCUUGACAUGUGCAGGUGUCAAACUUGAAUGUAUGAUUUCAUUUUUAUGUAUACACAGGUAACCUAGUGUCAUCUAGUAUAGCUGUAAUGGUAUAAACCGAGAAAACUUUUCAUUUUCUUUAGCGCCUUCUUGAGUAGUAUUGUUAUGAAUAUUUACUGCCAGCUACGGGCAUAUGUUAUGAGUUUUAAUUACAGGGAACCUGCUGAUUUUACAUCAUCUUACUUUUAUAUCUCAUUUGUGUUUUAGACCUACUGUAAAUUUAUGUACAGUAAAGGCUGCGCUCUAUGGCAGCAGCUGCUAUUUUUAUUGGAAUCAGUUGUCCUUCAGCUACAUUUCAAAGUGUUUUAUUAGAACAUAGUGUGUUGUAGAUUAUUUUUAUAAAUGGAACAUUGCUGUAAAGGUGAACAGGUCAGUAGCCAAGGCAUCAAGUAAGUAUUGAACGCUUUAUCGGACGAACUUAUACCGAGAAAAGAGAGGAACACCUGCCGUGCACCCAAACCUCAUUAUUGAAGUUGAAUGUUGCAGAAAAUAAUACCCCUGUGACACGAGAAGGCCUAAUGGUAUUUGUACCUAAUGACAUUUAUAUUUAAUGAGAUUAGUGUAGUGUCACACAGGGUAGUUUAAUGUCAUUAAAAAUGAUUUAGGCAAAUGAAUGCAGUUAGCAGAACUAACUCCAAUGAGUAUUCACCAUGUUUUAAUUGCAAAACAGUACUUUCAUCGGAGGAGACUAUGAAUAAAUUAUAUAUGAAUGUAUGAAUAAAUCAUCAUCAGCCCAACCACGCCUACUUCAGAACAAAGGCUUCUCUCUUGUUCCGCCAGUUAACCCGGUCCUGUGCUUGCUGCUGCCAAUUUAUACCCGCAAACUUC